AUGGCAUCGCCCGUGACACUGCUCGUGACACCGGGUCACCGCCCAGCCAGGCUCGAUUAUCUUCGAGGAUGCAUCAAAUAUAUUCCGAGUGGAGAGGAAAGUUGUUCACCUGACAAUAUCACCGAUUAUCUGGAGCCCUUCUUCGAAAACGCGAUUGAGAAGGGGGUAACGGCCUACAUAUUCGGGGAAUUCCGUCGAGGCCUCAAAAAGAUAAACCAGAUUCACAUGAAUCAAGGUAGUGUCGGGCGGUUUAAAAAGAAAAACGCUAUUGGGCAAGACGGGGGAGUUCUACUCGAAUUCUCAGAUGGUCACUAGGAGGCCUUAUUCAUCGCCUUCCAUGAACAAGGCUCUCAAACGGAUACAGACGGUCGGUCGAUCCGUCCAAAUCUCGGCAGCCAAGCCGAAUAUUGCGAAGAAAAUCCAGUUACAGGAACAGGUGCAAGAGUCCGAAGAGUCACUGAUACCAAAUACCCACCUGUCGGUAUCACCGCCCUGCUCUAUCCAGAUUACAGUUACGAGGCCGUUUAUCCCCACGGCGAACCAGUGUGUCAUCUCACCAUUUGCAACAUAACAAAAGACAAAGUGGUGGAUCUCACAGGGUGGG